AUGGAGCCAACCAAGUUCCCAAAGAGACCCACGAUGCGAUGGGACCCAUACAAGCGACAGGUACUCUGCUGUUUAUAUCGAUUCUUUACUUGCAACAAGAAACAAACCGCAGAAAUAUUUUCCUACAUGUUUCGGAGCCAUCUGAAACAGCGUGGCAUUCAAGGCUUUGUUCCAUUUGCCACCCUUAACACCCAAUGGAUUUGGAUGAGAAACAAACGGGAUCCAGUCUGGCUCCGUGUGCAUAUCAACACCGCAUUUGAGACCAGUGGCGAGUGGGGGGAGAUUAUUACAAAGAUCAAAUCUGCAGCCAAAACUUUGCGGUUCGAACUACAUGAGAAGAUGGAGGACGAUACUCACCCAUCGCGCUGUGGUCCUUUGGUGCCCGAUGCCGAACAGAAUAUUGCAUCCCAUGGACCCGCUGUGCCAAUGCUUUCCCAAUCAUUGUUUACUGCGGAGACUCUCACUCCAAUACCAUUGUUGUCCCCGAGCCAGGACCAAGCCUUCGAAGGAAGAUACAGAGCGAACCAAAGCGCCGAUCAGAGCAUCGACCAGAGCAUCGGUCCGCAGAACGACCUUCACAUUGAUAUCCCCAAUAGACCCCACAGAUCUACCGAGCCGGUGGUCACUAGCAACGGAAAGUUGUGCCUCUGGUGUGAGCAUGAAGGAACUAUCCACGAGUCCGAGGACAUCCAGGAACUGCAAAACGAAGACUACGAUUACGACAGUGAAUAUGAGGAGCAUAGUGAUGGCAAUCAGCAUAAUGACCGACAAGACGAUCCUGGUAUGACAGAUUACAUCCAAGGAUGCAAACAGUUCGUGAGGGAGCUACGUGGUGAAGAAUUGUUUGAUUCAGAGAGCGAGCCGUACCUGUUGAAACCCCACAAAAGCCUCUCAAGAAUGCACUCAUUUUGCGACCCGCACUUGCCCUUACCGCUAAACCUAGAACAAGGGUCUCUGGAUUCGGAGGAUAAUUCAGAUUGGUGCGCUGACAGAGGAAUCCCUGCUAAUUUGGCUGAUUUUGGGAGCCUUUCAAUCGCAAUGAAAAAUCGGAGCGGUGCCCUUGGUAAUGAGCGAACUUCCACACAAGAAAGUCCGCGCAGUUUCAGUUUCUCCCAUACCUGCACAGAUCACGAUGAGGCGCUCGGCGACCGCUUAGGUGGUCAGAACGCAUUGCAGUAUGAAUGGCUCUCGAAUGAUAGAAUGAGGAUGGAAACCCUGCGCCAGAUGUCCGUGGAAGCUCUCCGUCAGGUUGAAGACCAGUCAACCACUCACCUAUCUCAGGAGGAAAUUGAUGUCUUGAUGUAUGACGGCAAUACCUGGAAGCAGUUGUAG